GACGCCCGGUGCGGCGCCGCGUCCCCACUGGGUAGACGACAGAAGCUCCGGGACUCUUCCUGCCCCUCCGGACGGCUCAAGAUGCUGCCGGCCGUACUCCUCCUCCUCCUGGGAGGCGCUCUGGCCCAUCCAGACCGGAUCAUUUUCCCAAAUCCGGCCUGUGAGGACCCCCCGGCAGUGCUCUUGGAAGUGCAGGGCACCUUACAGAGGCCCGUGGGCCGGGACAGCCGCAGCUUCCCUGCCAACUGCACCUGGCUCAUCCUGGGCAGCAAGGAGCAGACUGUAACAGUCAGGUUCCAAAAACUGCACCUGGCCUGUGGCUCAGAGCGCUUAAUCCUGAGCUCACCUCUCCAGCCACAGAUCUCCCUGUGCGAGACACCUGCCAGCCCUCUGCAGCUACCUGGGGGCAACGUCACCAUCACCUACAGCUAUGCCGGGGCCAGAGCACCCAUGGGCCAGGGCUUCCUGCUCUCCUACAGUCAAGAUUGGCUGAUAUGCCUACAGGAAGAGUUCCAGUGCCUGAACCACCGCUGUGUGCCUGCGACCCAGCGCUGCGACGGGGUCAAUGCCUGUGGCGAUGGUUCUGAUGAGGCAGGUUGCAGCUCAGACCCCUUACCUGACCUGACCCCAGGCCUUGUCCCCACUGCCCCCUGCAAUCACACCUUGGAAGACUUCUAUGGGAUCUUCUCCUCCCCCGGAUACUCCCACCUGGCCUCAGUGUCCCACCCCCAGUCCUGCCACUGGCUGCUGGACCCCCACGAUGGCCGGCGCCUGGCAGUGCGCUUCACAGCCCUGGACCUGGGUUAUGGAGAUGCAGUGCAUGUGUAUGAUGGCGCUGGGCCCCCAGAGACCCCCCGGCUGCUGCGCAGCCUCACCCACUUCAGCAAUGGCAAGGCUGUCACCGUGGAGACGCUGUCUGGUCAGGCCAUCGUGGCCUACCACACAGUUGCAUGGAGCAAUGGUCGGGGCUUCAACGCCACCUACCAUGUGCGGGGCUACUGCUUGCCUUGGGACCGACCCUGCGGCUUAGGCUCUGGCCUGGGGGCUAGCGAGGGCCUAGGUGAGCGCUGCUACAGUGAGGCACAGCGCUGCGAUGGCUCGUGGGACUGUGCCGAUGGCACAGAUGAGAAGAACUGCCCCAGCUGCCCACCUGGGCACUACCCGUGUGGGGCUGCUGGCACCCCUGGUGCCACAGCCUGCUACCUGCCUGCUGACCGCUGCAAUUACCAGACGUUCUGUGCGGAUGGAGCAGACGAGAGACGCUGCCGGCACUGCCAGCCUGGCAACUUCCGAUGCCGGGACGAGAAGUGCGUGUAUGAGACGUGGGUAUGCGACGGGCAGCCAGACUGUGCCGACGGCAGCGAUGAGUGGGACUGCUCCUAUGCCCUGCCCCGCAAGGUCAUUACAGCCGCAGUCAUUGGCAGCCUAGUGUGUGGCUUGCUGCUGGUCAUUGCCCUGGGCUGCACCUGCAAGCUCUAUGCCAUUCGCACGCAGGAGUACAGCAUCUUUGCCCCCCUUUCCCGGAUGGAGGCUGAGAUUGUGCAACAGCAGGCGCCUCCCUCCUAUGGGCAGCUCAUCGCCCAGGGCGCCAUCCCACCUGUAGAGGACUUCCCUACAGAGAACCCUAAUGAUAACUCAGUGCUGGGCAACCUGCGUUCUCUGCUACAGAUCUUGCGCCAGGAUAUGACUCCAGGGGGUGCCUCAGGUGCCCGCCGCCGCCAGCGGGGCCGCUCUGUGCGGCGCCUAGUGCGCCGUCUCCGCCGCUGGGGCCUGCUUCCUCGAACCAACCCCCCAGCCCGGACCCCUGAGACCAGAUCCCAGGUUACCCCUUCUGCCGCUCCCCUUGAGGCCCUAGAUGGCAGCACAGGUCCAGCCCGUGAGGGCGGGGCAGUGGGUGGGCAGGAUGGGGAACAGGCACCCCCAUUGCCUGUCAAGGCUCUCCUCCCAUCUGCCAGCACCUCUCCAGCCCUCCCUACUGUCCCCGAGGCCCCGGGGCCACUGCCCUCAGCACCCGUGGAGCCAUCACUGCUGUCUGGAGUGGUGCAGGCCCUACGAGGCCGCCUCCUGCCCAGCCUGCAGCCCCCAGGACCAACCCGGACCCCACCUGAACCCCAUACAACAGUCCUGUCCCCAGAGGACGAGGACGAUGUGCUGCUGGUGCCACUGGCUGAGCCCGGGGUUUGGGUGGCUGAAGCGGAGGAUGAGCCACUGCUUGCCUGAGGUGACCUGGCUCCCCUGGGGGCUCUAGCCACAGUGACAACAACCCGUUAGGGGGCAGCUCAGCCUCCCUUCCACUGGUUCCCUCCCCACCCUCUGAAGGGACUUGGUGGGUAACUGCCUUAAGGUUAGGUGUCCCUCAGACAGGGAGAGGGCUCACACAGAGCUCCCUCUGCACAUGGCCAGAGACCACAGUCUCCACCCACCCUCUCCCCACUCCACCACCAUUCCACUGGCUGUUUUUAAAAAGUUAAGUUCUUAAAGGGUCUUAGGCCUGGACACUCCAUCGUUGCCAAACCCCCACCCAAAAGUAGCCUUAAGCACCAGAAUGCCAAUUGGUUAGAGACCUCUAGCCUCCAAGGGGAGGAUUUGGGCAGAGCCUGAACUCAUAAAAAGAGCACAACAAAUGCUUUUGUCCCAUAGCAAGGUCAUUGCCCAGGAAGUCAAGGUUGAAAAUAAAAGAAUCAGAAAUGUAAGAUUUUUGUAAAUGA